AUGAAGUCAUCUGUCUCAGCCCUUGCACUGCUGUACCUUGGGGUGCCUCAAUUCAGCGUUGCUCAUCCGACAGGAACUGAAAACCUCAACCGCACAGAGGACGACUCUAAACCACAGAAGCACGAAAACGAUGUCUUUACGAGCUUUCCCCAACCAGCAGGUGACCUGUGCAACGGCCAAUUGAAAGAUGUUAUUGUAGAGUUCAUCCCUACUGGGCCGGGAGCCUUUCGAAUUGACAACGUCCCGCCUGCGUGCAUGACGCUUGCAACCAUUUUUCUUGAUGGUCCUGACUCGCCCGAUCCAGUUCCCCUUGGUAAGGACAACUCGAUAAUACUUUUUUUAGCCUCCGUUACUAACAUUAGAUCUACAGGCUCCGCAUCUCUGGGAUUCAGUGGUAUAUCUGAUGAUGAGCUACAACGUCUUCAGGCUAUCCUGGAUGCCCAUACCCAACAUUAG